AUGGAUCCACAGAGUAGUAAUGAACGAAGCACAGAUGAUAUUGAAAUUGAUUAUGCUGAAGUCCAUGUUGUUCAUGAUGCUGCUGAGCAUUUGAGGAAUCCGACAUCAGGCAACAACGUUCUAUUAGACGAUCAGACAAAGGAAAGAUUGUAUAUUCCUAAGGUAGCUUCAUCAUGUGUUCCCGUUAUAGGAAUGGAAUUUAGUUCCAUUGAGCAAGCAUAUUUUUUUAUCAGACAUAUGCCAAGAAGGCAGGGUUCUCUGCUCGAAAAGGAGGUUGAUAAGUUUGUUCAAGCUCAUAAUCAUUCAUUUGUGUGCCCCGAAGAUAUUCAUUUAUUAUCGGCCUAUAGGCAUCUUUCUGAAACACAAGAAGAGAUGAUAUGGGAGCUUGGUACUUUAAAUCUUGGGCCAGUGAAAGCCUUCAAUAUAAUGAGACAAAGAUACAGAGGUUUUGAAAAUGUUGGCGCAACUGUUGAUGACUGCAAGAAUUUUAGAGCUAGGAUACAUAGCUGUAUAGGAGAGUAUGAUGCAGAUAUGGUUAUCACUAGGUUAACCGAUAAAAAGCAGUUUAUGGUUGAUUACUCAUUUGUACAUUUAGUCGAUGAAAACAAGUGCUUAACUGGCCUAUUCUGGGCAGAUGGUUUGUGCAAAUUUAACUAUACUGAGUUGGGAGAUGUCAUAUCCUUUGAUGCUAUGUUCAAAACUAACAAGUAUAAAAUGGUUUUUGUACCAUUUACUGGUAUUGAUAACCACUGUCGGAAUGUGACGCUUGUGGGACAUGAGUUGUGUAACAAUGAAGAUUUCAAGAGACGUAUGUGUGACAUUGUGUGGACUGAUUCGAUUGCGCCAGAAACGUUUGAGAGAGAUUGGAAACUGAUAAUGAUUGAAUUCGGUCUAACCGAGAAUAAAUGGAUUGACGAUAUGUUUGGCAUGAGAUCUUCGUGGAUACCGGCGUACUAUCCUCAUGAGCCUAUGUCUGGGCUCAUACGGACCGCCUCCAGAUCAGAGAGCGAAAACCAUUUUUUCUGUCAGGUGGUGAAUUCUCAACUUACCCUUGUUGAGUUUUUUAACCAUUUUGAUGGGGCAAUGGACGUGCAAAGAUUCAACCAUCAAAAAAAUGACCAUAUUUCUAGAAAUACAACCCUAGAUAACUGGUCUGCAACUAUCUUUGAGGAAGAUGCUAUGAAAAUUUACACCAGGUCCAUCUUUUGUGAUCAACAAACACAGUUAUAUGAAACACUGUCUGAGUGCCUUCCUAUGGAGACUAAAAUCGAGGAACCGUUCUUGAAGAUAAGUAUGAAAGAUUUCAAAGCCCACUAUGAAGGUUUAUUAGAGGUUUGUUUCAAGAAGGGGGAGGAUGUAAUUGCAUCAUGCAGUUGUCGUAGAUUUGAACAAUGUGGAUUGUUAUGCAAACAUAUAUACUUAGUGUUCAAGAUGUUCAAAGUGAAAGAAAUUCCCAAUAAGUAUGUUAUCAGAAGAUGGACGAAAGACGUGGUACCAAAUGAUCUAAAUAACACAUUUGAUUUACAAGUUGAUGAUAAUGAUGGGCAUAAAAAGGCCAAGGAGGUUGCGUAUGAGAUAAUGCAUACCGGAGAGUAUCUUGUUAGUAAGUUGAUGAGAGAUUUUGAUCAUCUAGUUAUAGUCAGGGAUUGGAUGAGACAGAUGAAAGAAAUGGUUGAUGGUCUUCGCAUAACCAAGCCAAUUGACCCUAAGUUUGAUAGAUAUUCAAGGUUAAUCGGUUAUGAGAAACCGAACACUGAUGUUCCACCUACAGUCCGUGUGCCAACCGGGAAAGAAAAGAAAAGAAGAGUAGUUCAGUUAGAGACUGAUCCUGGUUUAGUAGACGAAGAGGAUGAGGAGGCAGAAACUGGUGAGGGAGAGGAAGAGUAUGAGGAGGUAGACGAAGCCGAUGAUAGCGAUUCUGAAUGGGAAGAGCUUAACGAUGAUGACGAGUGA